UUAUGUAUCUAAUGUUGAUUACGGCAGCUUAAUUAUAAUUUAUUUCACAUUACAGCAACUUUUACUAGACAUAUGAAAAACUAUGCAGGUAAUCGAAAAUUAAAAUGUUAGAUAUUAUUCAUAAUAUUGUUAUUUCGAUUAGUGUACGUAUGUUAACUACUGUAAAUAUUAAUUAUCUUUGAGAUUAAGUACCAAAAUGCACUAUUUAACAAUUAUUGUAAAAUUACAGCCUAUGGCCAUCUUUUCCGUAUGACCAUCAUACUCUAAGUUACUCUAGUUAUAGCCAGCCUAUAAGUGAUGUACGCGCCACAUCCUAAAUCGAUUACUCUUAGUAUCUGGGAAAUAACAUAUGUCUACGUGUACCAUUUCACUUACGUUAUGGUCCACUUGUUAGCACGUAGUUUUUUAUUUAGACCGUUUUAAACUACCAAGGGAAAACAAAAAGUUUCUGGAAUUUGCAAUGCACUUUACUAACGAUGCCAUUUUCCCUUACAUUUUUAAAAACUUCUGUUGCGUCGAAGUUCUAUACAGAUGGGAGAUAUUUUUUUACAUGAUACAUUAAUAGAGAGAUAAAAUAGAACUUUUGUGCUUCCACGAACAGAGAAUGGACAUUAGUCGUUAGGUAAUACUCGACAUGGAUAGUUCGAUAGAAAACGGGCACCAAGAUCUUGAAUGGGCAAUAAAACUAAAUCGUAUCAGUUUGGAGGUGCUUGGAUUAUGGCCUAAAGUUGAGGAAGUUCCUCGGGAAAAAUUAAAGCGCAAUUUGCACGUUCUCGCCAUUUUGCUACUAUUUGUGUUCGGUGUUCUGUUUCCUUGUAUUCAUUCACUAAUAAAGACUCAUGAAGACAUCAUGAUAGUAAUAGAACAUCUGCAAGGUAUCUUACCGAUAAUUACCUGCGUUGUAAGAAUAAUAGUGUUUUGGUGGAAGAAAGAAGUUUGCUUCUCUGAUAUUUUGGAAGACGUUAUACCGAUAAUAAGCAUGAUUACCGAAGAUUGGCUAAAAUCGAGGGAUGUACAAGAAAAAAAAGUGAUGAUUACAUGGGCACAAAAGUCACGCAUAAUUGUUAUAUCCUCAUAUAUUGUAAUGGGAGUAACUUCUGUUUGUGGUGUUCUUCUACCUAUUUUCGGAAUAUCACCAACACACGGAGUGAAUAUUAAUGAUACAGAAAAGAUGUUCCCCCUCAGAGUGUAUUACUUUUACGAUGUAACGAAAAGCCCACAAUACGAACUUACUUAUAUUAGUCUUUCCAUCGGCAUUUUGUUUGCUGCUAUCACAUACACGGGUAUUGAUAAUUUUCUCGGACUAUUAGUGUUUCAUAUUUGCGGCCAAAUAGACAUUCUGAGUACUCGCUUGAUAUAUUUGAAUAAAUUCGUGAAGUUCCAUAAUAGCUUAAAGAAUUGCGUAUGGAAUCACACACGAUUGUUGAGAGCCAUUGCCGUUAUAGAAGAUACAUAUAAUAAGAUGUUACUUGCAUUAUUUUUAUAUUUUGGUAUCCUCUUUGCUUUCUAUGGAUUUUUAAUAAUUAACUUAGUUGAGGAAAGGAAUUAUUUAUCAGUUACACGCAUAUUAAUUCUUAUUUGCCUUGUUAUUACUAUACUUGUUCAUAUGGCUCUCUAUUGCGCUGUCGGUGAAGUUUUAAUCAUUCAAUGCGAUAGAAUGUACCAUGCAAUAUGCAGCCAGAAAUGGUACAACCUGGAUUCAAAAAAAGCCAAAAAUUUGAUCCUUUUAUUGAUCCGAACCAAGGUGUCAUGUUAUAUCACCGCUGGAAAAGUAUUCCCUAUGACAAUGUCUACAUUUUGUAAUUUAGUAAAAACUUCGGCUGGAUAUAUAUCCGUUUUGCUUACGACUAAAAAUACUUAAUAAAAAGUUUAAUACACUUUCUAGCAAAAAAUGAUAAUUAAAACAAUGUAAAUCCAGAACUGAUACUUAAUGUGGUAAAGCUUGUCGUUUUAAUAUCAUCACUGCAAUGACGAUAAAAUUUG